AUGUUCGGGCCGAUCUUCGAGGAUCCAACGGCUGCGGAUCGCCAGCACGGGCCACUGUACUUUGUGUCUGUGUGUGCUGCACCUGCAGGGGGCACAGAGGGCGAAGGAGAGGGAGGAGAGCACACAGAAGAAGGGCAGGGUACGAAGGGAGGGGGUGCUGGAGAGGAAAAUGAGGGGAAGCAGGGGAAGUGGAGGGUGAUGGAGUGUACUGAUCCUGAAGGGAAGCCUAUAGCGACCAUGGCAUGCCGGGUGAAUCCUCAGGUGAUGCUGGACGAGCAACACAGAGGAUCCCACAGUCUAGGCGACCGGGUCUCCCUCUUCCCCUUCUACCACCCCGCCACUGGAACGGACACCCCCUCCCACUCUCCUUCUGCCACCGCUCCCUUCCCAGACCCCCUCUUGGCACGAAGGGGGCUGGUGAUGGUGCUGGAAGGGGAAAGAUGCCCCUUUUCCAUGCAGGGGGGAGGGGGGGAGCAGAGUAGGUGGGGGAUGGGGGGAGAUGCGGAGAAGGGGAAGGGGAAGGGGAAGGGGAAAGGGGAGGGUGGGGAGGAGAAGUAUGGACGGCUGACGCUUACGUUCAUAUGUGAUCCGAAUGCAGGUGAGGUGAGGCGAUGUGAGCACCUCACGUCACAUCUCAGUUUUGCCCCACCCCUGGCUCCUUGCACUCCCUCCUUUGUGGCCCCACUUUGGCCAUUAUCCUCCCCUUCCCUCACAGGCAUCGGCCAUCCCUCCCCCUGGACAGAAGAAGGCAGGCGGGCAGCAUUCAACACAUCCCUCCCCUUCCCGGCCUGGACCAAGCGGGGGGGCGACCCAGUCCCCGUCACACAGGGGGGAGGCGACGGGGUGGUUCCGGGGUGUGCGUAUGAGCUGGCGUGGUACAGUGCGUAUGCGUGCCCUCUGUGCUCAGAGGAAGAUGUGGAGGAGGUACCAGUGGCAGACUGCCACAACAACAAGCGAGCGACUUACAAGUACCGCCAUCCAAGGCUGGCGUGGUACAGUGCGUAUGCUUGCCCUCUGUGCUCUGAAGAAGACGUGGAGGAGGUACCAGUGGCAGACUGCCACAACAACAAGCGAGCGACUUACAAGUACCGGCAUCCAAGGGUGAGUGGCGGGUUGGUGCCGGGGUGUGCAUAUGAGCUGGCGUGGUAUGGUGCCUAUGCGUGCCCUCUGUGCUCAGAGGAAGAUGUGGAGGAGGUGCCAGUGGGAGACUGCCACAAGAACAAGUGGGCAACCUUCAAAUAUCCCCAUCCACGGGCCCCUCUUCCUCCCGACCAGCUGUGCUCUCCAUGUACUGCAGACGACUACAGUGUGUCAGCCCAAUGCCCAGGCCCCUCUUCCUCCCGACCAGCUAUGCUCCCCGUGCACUGCAGACGACUACAGUAG